CCUCCGCCGGGCCUGCGCCGUCCGACCGGGCCAUGACGGGAGAGCCCGUGCAGGCGCUGCUGCGGCGGCUGCGGGCGCUGCAGGGCGAGCGGGCCGAGGCGUACCGGCUGCUGGAGCAGGGUCACAGUGCUUACCUGCGCAGUGCUCCACACUACGACUUCCCCCGUUACCGGCAGCUGGUGCACGAGAUCACCGUGGCCUUCAGCAGCAUCUCCCGUGAGGUGCUGAGCAUCACCGGGUGCCUACAGGACGAGCUCGCCCGCCCCGACCUGGCCCAGCACCUGGUCCUGCUGCAGGAGCGGGAGCAGGAGAAGCUGCAGCUGACAGCGCAGCUCCAGCUGGCCCAGCAGCAGGCACAGGACCAGCCCCACGUGGAUGCCCAUCAGCAGGAGGUGCAGGAGCUCAAGCACAAGCUAAUUAAAACCAUUGAGGCAAUCAGCGAAAUUCUCCAGGACCUCAAGUACGAUUCGGAAGAAGCCGAGUGAUGGAUGUCCCCGUGGGAACGGCUGGAGGGGCCGGGCAGUGCAAUGGGGGCCCCACGCGCCAUUCCCGGCCCCCGGCGCAGCCACACGGGCACCCCCAGCACCCUGCAAGGUGGGCACCUUCCCCCAGCCCCUUUCCUUGAGCACGGGCUGGAAGGGAUGAAGAACACCCCCAUCUAUCCAGGGGGAGUGGGGUCCCCCUAAGUCCUGAGCAUCCCUCAGCAGAGGGGACCAGUGUGGGGCUGGUUCUGCUUCCCGGCUGCACCAAGGAAAACCACAACGUGCAGUGCCAAGUGCUGGGAUCCCCAUGGAGAUGGGCACUGCCUUCACUGCCAGCUGGAGCCCCAGGGGCAGCAGCCCCCCAAAAGCACCCCCAGCCCCGGCACAGGUCCAGUGCCCCAAUAGCGCUCUUUCUAUGGUCAUCCAAAAUAAACCUGCCCCAUAGAGCUGGCCUGA